GACUUUCUCCGUGAGGCCUAUUCUAAAAGGGUUAUUAAUUAUACAUGAUCGGUGACGUCGUAGAAACUAAACAGUGCCAACUAAAAGAUGCUAUGGAUUUGUUUCAUUCUGGGCAAGUUGUAAAAAUAUGUGCCCCUAUGGUCCGCUAUUCAAAGUUGGCUUUCAGAACCUUGGUUAGGAAAUACAGUUGCGAUUUGUGUUACACACCAAUGAUAGUGGCAGCUGAUUUUGUGAGAUCCACAAAAGCUAGAGACAGCGAAUUCACAACAAACAAAGGUGAUCAUCCACUGAUUGUUCAGUUUGCUGCUAAAGAAGCACAGGUUUUGUGUGAUGCUGCCCGCAUCAUCUGUCCUUUUGCAGAUGGAAUAGACAUAAACUGUGGCUGUCCUCAGAGAUGGGCAAUGUCAGAAGGUUAUGGUGCUUGCUUAAUGAAUAAACCAGAACUAGUUCAAGAUAUGGUGAGACACAUACGGAAUCAGAUCGACAAUCCUAGGUUUUCAGUAUCUAUUAAAAUAAGGAUCCACGAGGACUUAAAAAGAACAGUUGAUCUUUGUCAAAAAGCUGAAGCAACUGGAGUUUCAUGGAUUACAGUACACGGGAGAAGUGUAGAAGAAAGACAUCAGCCUGUACAUUAUGAUGCCAUUAAAAUAAUUAAACAAAGCACAUCUAUACCUAUUGUGGCUAAUGGAGACAUUAAAACUUUAAAAGAUGCUGAAAAUGUUCAUCACUUGACAGGAGCAGAUGGAGUUGCUGGAACUAUGACUUUCCAGUGGACGGCAGUUGCCCUCUUCCUGUAUGGUGAAAUAGCAGUGAUCCUCGUGCUCUGCCUGCCGUUUAUUUCUCCACUGAGAUGGCAGAAGAUUUUUAUGAUUCCUCUAUGGAGCAAAAUGGCAAUUUUUUGGAACAAGAUGUUCCUUACAAUAAUAGUUUUGCUGAUCGUCUUGUUUCUUGAUGCUAUUAGAGAAGUCAGGAAGUACUCUGCGGUUCAUGUGACAGAAAGGGCUAUAAAUGUCAAUGCCAAUGCCGUUGAUCAUAUUCAGAUGAAACUCUUCCGAUCGCAAAGAAACCUCUAUCUCUCAGGUUUUUCCUUAUUUCUUUGGCUUGUAUUGAGACGUACUGUUACCCUUCUUACUCAGCUGGCAAAAGGGAUGGCAUCUCAUGCAGCUUUGGAGACACAAGUAAAUGAUGCUACUGAGGCAGCCAAAAAAUACAUGGCCGAGAAUGAAAGACUGCAGGAGGCCUUUAAUGAAAAAGGAAGCAGUAAAACGAAAGAGUUAGCAGAAGCAACUGAUGAAAAGUUGAAGAAGGAAGUUGAACAUUUGAAAGCAGAACUACAAAAGACAUCAAAUGCUCUUCACAAGGCAAGUAACGAAGUGACUGCAGUUAAAAAGCAGUCUGAAGGCCUUAAGAAAGAGUAUGAUAAUUUGAUGAAAGAGUACAAGUGGCUUCAGGACAGCUUAAAUGAAGCAGAAGACAAGAAAGACCUGUAGGUGCACCUAAGACUGAUGCAAUUGGUACAGUUGCUUGAAUGUGAAAAGCUUUAUGCUGCUUAGGCUCCUGGUACAUACCUGAAACAAAACUUGGUUUUUCUGUAAAGCACAUGCAUUGCAAGUCACUAUUUAGAUUCCUCUAAAAUAUUUUGGUUGCCAAAAUAUUCUGUGUUGAAAUAAAAUGUUAAGUGACUUACCUGAUUUACUGCGGAGUUUCAGUUCUCUUGUGAGGAGAAGCUUGAAAAUCUUCUGAUUCCAUCUGGAAGGACUUGACUGUUCUCCAAGUUUUUGCCUUCUGGAAUGGUAACAGAUCAUGCACCAUUUGCUUGCAGCAGCAAGGUUGUAUGUCACACUGUAUCAUAAAAACACAAUUAGCUAAACUUCCUUUAAAACAUCUGUUUCAAGUCUUCAAAAAUUCCAUUACCAGUGGGGUAAAGAAGGGUGAAAGUCAUUCCACUUCAGUGGAAAACUGAAUGACAAUCAAACUAAGGAAAAUAAAGAAAACUGCAUUUCUAAAUCCAUUUCACUAGCUUGUGACUUUCACUUACAUACAUAGAUGAGUAUGUUUUAGUAAAUACUUUGCAUGCCUCUGGUUUGUCUUUCUUCAACAUACAGUGUUAUUUCAGUUUUCAUAACCAAAGCUUGGGAUUGGUUGGGAUUAACAUUCUGUAUUGUUAUGGUGUUUACAUCUGUUUACCCUGUAUGUGCCACCUAACUUUUUUCUAUUUGUUUUCAUGGGUACGAUACCUUGAAUAAAUGUGCACUGUUUUGCAUAAGCUCUUUUUGGCAUUCAGAAAGUUUUGAAUUUCUUUGCUCAGCUGGUUCCAGUUCAUAUUUGAAAGUUGGAUAUGUUUGUUACAUUAAAGGGAUUGUUUAAGUUCAUGAAUCUCUGGGUUUACUAUGUUAAUUUCUCCCAAUGCACCAUCUUGUCAGACUUAACAGGUAAACACACAAAGAUUGAAAUACACUUCUAACUUGGUGAUAUUUCACUUUUCCUACAAAUACAACUGCCUUCUUGGGUUAGUUUUGAUUGCUCUGGAAAUAGAUUUGUUUAGCUGAUAAAUUUAAAUGUGGUGUAUUAAGUAAUACAAAGCACAUUAGCAUAACCUAUUUCAUACUAAUGCAUUUGUUUUCUAAAAAUACUUCAUCCUUGCUGAAGUAGUACAGAAUUUCAGAGAUUCUAUGACAUUGAAGAUUGAUUUAUUCAUAAUAAAACUUUCAGGAAAAGCUACAGAUUCCAGCACCCAUGUACACACAGGUUUUGCUGAUGUAGUUGAA